AUGUGUGAUACUAUUGUCGCCGGCCAGGACCGUUCGCGAUGCCAUUUUGAGCCUUAUUUUGGUGUUUCCCACAAAAUGAGAGGUGAAGCUGUCACACCGCCGCCACGAUGUGCCGCGCUACUGGAAUUGCACAUAAUAUUCGUAAGCGACAUCACCGUCAUUCAGCAGUGUUCGCGCAAGACGACUGUAGUUCGCUCCAGCAGUCCGUAUGGUGUACCGCCCAAGAGACUCUCGUUAUGGUGUUUUGAGGCCGACAGAGACGACGCGCUUCGUAACGAGGUUCGCGGCAUGAAGGUUGGACUCAGAAGCAAGGAUAUCACCAUUCCAAAGCCUCAAUCCUACUGA